UUCAGGAAGUCGGGACACGGCAGUUUGAGAUGCUGGCGGUGCAGUGUUUGAAACAGCCUUGAGCGGGAUUUUAUGAGGCAGGAGGCGCUGACAUGCGUGUCUACAUUAUUGUCGCUGCUGUGUUUUGGUGUGGUUAUGUGGACUCGCGGAAAGUAAGAGGAAUAUCCUCGUCCUAUAAAAGGUUCUACAGGGAGAGGAAGUCGUUUCUGUGCAUAGAUGGGUCGAGAAUGAUCCCAUUUGAGCAGGUGAACGACGACUACUGCGACUGUGAAGAUGGCUCAGAUGAACCAGGCACUUCAGCCUGUCCUCGUGGCCGAUUCUACUGCACCAAUCUGGGUUUUCGCCCGCACUACAUCCCAUCAUCCAGAGUCAAUGAUGGCAUCUGUGAUUGCUGCGAUGCUUCCGAUGAAUACAACAGCCACGCUCGCUGCCAGAACACUUGCUGGAAUCUAGGACAGAGAGAGAGGGCGUACGUGGAGGGCCAGAUGAGGACCUUGGAUGAAGGUUUGCGACUCAAGCAGCAGCUGAUUGAGGAGGGAGUGCUGCUCUGGAGGGAGAAACAGGCCCAGCUCAGAGAGCUCCAGCAGGUGGCUGAAGACCUGCAGGUCAAGUUGGAGGAACACAGGAGGAAAAAACAUGAAGCCGACCGACUCAAAGAACAAACAUUAAAGGCACUGGAAGCAGGGGACGGUGGUCUCAUCAGACAUCAGAACAGCUCCGUUACCAGCAUUUUCCAUUUAUUGGACACCAAUAAAGAUGGCAGUUUGACAGUGGAUGAAAUCAAGGCUAAAGUGGUGCUUGUCCACGAUGAGCAGCGUGUUCUCUCUGAGGGUGAAGCACUGGCUUUGUUGGACAGAGGUCACAGGAUGGAUCUCUCCAAGUUUCAGAGCACACUCUGGGACGUCCUGACGAGAGGCGACACUGUCAAAAUCAAAGACACGCAGGGUGCUCCAGGCAGUCUUUCCAGUGAAGAUCCUCACUUAAAGGCAGCUGACAGAGCUGCAGAGUGGGAGGCGACCAAUCUGAAGAAAGUGGAAGAAGCUUAUGAGACAGUCAACAUGGAAAUAAGUGACUUACAGAAGAAGUUGGCCAUAGACUACGGAACAGACUGGGAAUUUCUGUUUUUGAACGGCCAGUGUUACAAGCUGAAAGUAUAUGAGUAUACUUAUACCCUGUGCCCAUUCAAUCAAGUUACACAGAAGAGCACGGCAGGAGUAGAGGUCUCAUUAGGGAUGUGGGGGAUGUGGACAGGAAAGCCAAAGAACCACUACAGUCAGAUGGUCUAUGAGAAUGGAGAGCCCUGCUGGCAAGGAGGUUCACGCAGUACUACAGUCACACUGACAUGCGGAACGGAGACAGCCUUGCGAUCAGUGAAAGAGCCCAGCAAAUGCCAGUACAUCAUGGACUUUCAGACUCCUGUGGCCUGUCAGCCGGUGCUAAAGCAGCAGGGUAUACACAGUGAACUGUGACCCAUUCCCUUACUGGCCUAGCCCAGAAUAACUUGGACCCCUUCCUCUCUUCUGCUAGCCCGCGGUGACAGGCUGGGGUCCUGAGGGUCCCCUCUGACAUCUGUGUUGUCAGAACAUAUAUACUUCCAAGGCAGUCUGGCUAAGGUCAGAGUCUGGUUUUCAGUAGCCACUUUAGUUUCCAUUGAUUGUUACAGUGCUGCUUUCUUGCUGUUACACUUUAAUAUCUAAAUAGAGCAUUUACUGAAUGAUUUAGUUAACGCAACGUGUUCAACAUUACUGUGUAUUCCCUGUAAGUGUUUGCACUCAAUGCUCAGCAAUAAGCAAUAUUACUGUGUAAAUAAUGGGAGAAAGUGAAACCCAAUCUAUUGUAGGGUCUAAACACAUUUCUGCUAAUGUAAUUGCCAUUUUAAAUAACUGCUCAGUAAUAUGCAAAAAUAAAAGGACUGUGUCCUUGCUCUUCAUUAUGACUGCCUUAUAAAAAUAGCCUUCCUUAACAUCAAGGAUAUGUUGUAUGUUUCUUAUGUUGAGCAAAUUAAACUUAUAAAUGAAUCAGAUGAUCUUCCCAGAAGGAGCUGCAUGUUCAGCUGUUUCCUGGUGCAGUUUAGCAUAAAGCUAAAUGAUUCUAUGAAAACUACAAAACAAAAAAACAAAAGAGUUGUUGCACUGGUUGACAUUUUUCCUCAUUGCAGUAAACAUGUACUUUAUAAUUUAUAGUCCCUUUACUGUAACAAUUCAGUACAGUACCAAAUGUGUGUUGUUCCACAGCUGAAAACAGUUCCCAAUAAAUGUAUUUUACUACUCCUGAAACCAACAAUACCCAGUUCUUAUAGGCUUCAGUCACACAGGCCUAGAGACUGGUUGGCAACCUCUGAGCAACCACUGAUCACUUAUAGAAGAUUGUGUAUUCCACAUUUGCUUUGGUGGACACCAACUUGUUUACAAACACUCACCAACUACUUGCCAAGCGGUAGUGAAACUUGGGCUACGUCCACAUGUAUGCAAGUAUUUUUGAAAACAUAGCUGUUUCUAUGCAUUUGGGCCUUUCGUCCACACGAUUUUUAUAAAUUCCUGCCAAGGUGGAGAUUUUCGAAAACUCGUUUUUUGCGUUUACUUGUGGACGAGGAAAAUGGAGAUUUAGUCACGCUAUGUCAAAGGUGUGCGCCUUUUAUGAUGACACUGUGCGUACAUGAGAUGAAUUUCUACAUUGGCGGAUAUGAACAAAACAAUGUUGCUGUUAAUCUUACUAUCUGCAGUUUUUACACUCUUACAUAUACACACACAGUUACUGCCCCUCCAUUUAGAAAGACUGCUUCUUUGCGCCAUCUUUGUUUACUCUUCUAGACUUCUGAUUGGCCAACAUUUCUACACAGUUAGGAUUAUACUGCCACCUGUUACUUUGUCAUGUCCUUGACAGCUUUUGACUUCGUUUUUUAUUUUUACAUGUAAACGAAAACAGAAAAUCUCAGUUUACAAAAAUACCCGCGUACGUGUGGACGUAUCUUUGGAUGCACAAACUAAAAAUGGAAACUCUUCGCUUUCAAAGUAAAAGUUGUGCCUUUCUGCCGAAACCAGCACAUUUCAACUUUGACAUAAAGGCAAACCGUCUCCACUUUGUGUUGCACAUUUCAUAGUGUCAGUACUAACUAGCAAAUAGUUGUGUGUUUGCAACCAAGUCGAUAUCUUCCAUGCUACUUGCGGCCACAGCGACCCAAUAAAUUGGAAGGUGGUUUUUUUGCAGCACCGUAUACCUCUUUGCAGCCAUUUUUGCCUAGCGACAGCAAGCAACCUCCAGCAUCCGUUUGCCAACCAUCUAUUUUUACAAUGCUGGAAUGUUUCUAACCACAAAAACAUAAGAACAAAAGGGGUCCAGUCCACUACUAGCAAGUUCAGUGAGUACAAAUCUGUUUUUACAGAUUAGCUUCGCCUCCAACGAGUGUGGAAACCAGUAUUUAAGAAAGUAUUAAGAGAUGAUUUAAAUAAUUAUUGGCUACAGUCUAAUCAGUAUAAAAAAUUAACUGAAGUCAGCCAUAUCCUUCAUGCAGUGUGCAU